UCAGACCGCUGGUAUUUCCUUGCUGUGUAAGCAUCGAUGCACAGAGCUGAACGGGCAAAACAGCUUGUUUAACCCACUUUCUCUUUGUUUAUUAUCAUUGUUUUCCGUCGAGUGUAUUUGUGUGUAUAACACGUGGGGCCAAUAAUGUCCAGGAGGCGACACAGCGAUGAAAACGACGGUGGCCAAGCACAUAAGAGGAGGAGAACAUCUGAGCCCAUUGAGAUAGAAGAUCGCCUGGAAUCAUUGAUAUGUCGUGUAGGAGAAAAAAGUACUUCUUCCCUCGAGAGCAACCUCGAGGGUCUUGCAGGCGUCCUGGAGGCAGACCUUCCGAACUACAAAAACAAAAUCCUGCGUAUUUUAUGUGCUGUCGCUCGCCUGCUGCCAGAGAAGCUCACAGUCUACACAACUUUAGUCGGCCUUCUCAAUGCCAGAAACUACAACUUUGGGGGCGAGUUUGUGGAGGCGAUGAUCAGGCAGCUGAAGGAGACCUUAAAAAACAACCUGUACAAUGAAGCUGUUUACUUGGUGCGCUUUCUGUCUGAUUUGGUCAACUGCCAUGUCAUUGCUGCUCCUUCUAUGGUGGUAAUGUUUGAAAAUUUUGUCAGUGUAACUCAGGAGGAAGACGUGCCACAGGUUCGAUCAGACUGGUUUGUGUAUGUUGUUCUGUCCUGCCUCCCCUGGGUCGGUAAGGAGCUUUAUGAGAAGAAGGAUGUUGAGAUGGACCGGCUCCUCAGUCAGAUUGAAGGCUACCUCAAGAGGAGAGUGAAGACGCAUGUCCCCAUGCUGCAGGUGUGGACAGCGGAGAAGCCCCAUCCACAGGAAGAGUACCUGGACUGUCUGUGGGCCCAGAUUCAGAAGCUGAAGAAAGACCGCUGGCAGGAGCGCCACAUCCUUCGUCCGUACAUCGCUUUCGACAGCGUGCUCUGUGAGGCCCUGCAGCACAAUCUGCCCCCCUUCACCCCGCCAGGACACAUGCCCGAUGCCCAGUACCCCAUUCCUCGGGUCAUCUUCCGCAUGUUUGACUACACCGAUGCCCCAGAGGGUCCCGUCAUGCCUGGCAGCCAUUCUGUGGAGAGAUUUGUGAUUGAAGAAAACCUGCACUAUAUUAUCAAAACUCACUGGAGAGAGAGGAAAUCAUGUGCUGCCCAGUUGCUCAGUUACCCUGGGAAAAAUAAGAUUCCUCUUAACUAUCACAUCGUAGAGGUGAUCUUUGGAGAACUCUUCCAGCUGCCGUUACCGCCCCACCUGGACGUCAUGUACACCACACUUCUCAUUGAACUCUGCAAACUGCAGCCGGGGUCUCUCCCUCAAGUUCUGGCCCAGGCCACAGAGAUGCUUUACAUGAGACUGGAUACAAUGAACACCACCUGCAUAGACAGAUUCAUCAACUGGUUUUCUCAUCAUUUGAGCAACUUCCAGUUUCGAUGGAGCUGGGACGACUGGGCGGACUGUUUAACGAUGGAUCUAGAGAAGCCAAAGCCCAAGUUUGUCAAAGAGGUUCUGGAGAAGUCUAUGAGACUUUCGUACCAUCAGAGGAUUGUUGACAUCGUCCCUCCAACUUUCUCAGCCCUCAUCCCAGCUGAGCCCAUUUUUUCUUUCAAAUACGGAGAGGAGACUGGCUCCUCGUUACCAGGUUACCCAGUUUCCAUUACAGUUUCCAACGCCAUAAAGAACCGAGCAUCCAACGAAGAAAUCCUCACCAUCCUCAGAGAAGUCCCCAACCCCAACCAGGAGGAUGAUGAUGAUGAGGGCGAAAGCUUCAACCCACUGAAGAUCGACGUGUUCCUGCAGACUCUUCUCCAUCUGGCAGCUAAAUCCUUCAGCCACUCCUUCAGCGCGCUCGGAAAAUUUCACGAGAUCCUUAAAACCCUGACAGAAAGCGAUGAUGGGAAGUUGCACAUCCUUAAAGUGGUGUAUGAAGUGUGGAGGAACCAUCCACAGAUGAUUGCCGUAUUGGUGGAUAAAAUGAUUCGGACACAGAUCGUGGAUUGUGCUGCUGUCGCCAACUGGCUCUUCUCUCAGGACAUGGCUCACGAGUUCACCAGGCUUUUUACCUGGGAGAUCCUGCACUCAACCAUCCGAAAGAUGAACAAACAUGUGCAGAAGAUCCAGAAGGAGCUGGAGGAAUCUAAAGAUAAGCUAGAGAAACAGCAGCACAAGAGGCGGGACAGCGGGGACGAUGAGGACAUGGAGAAAAACAGUGAGGAGGAUGAGGAGGGUCAGCUGGAGGAGCAGAUCGAGAGGCUGCAGGAGAAGGUGGAGUCGGCUCAGAGUGAGCAGAAAAACCUCUUUCUCGUCAUCUUUCAGCGUUUCAUCAUGCUGCUGACGGAGCAUCUUGUUCGCUGUGAGACGGGCAGCGUCGACAUCAGCACCCCCUGGUAUAAAAACUGCAUCGAGCGGCUGCAACAGGUCUUCCUCAUGCACCAUGGAACCAUCCAGCAGUACAUGGGAACCCUGGAGAACCUGCUGUUCACUGCUGAGCUCGACCACCACAUCCUGGCUGUGUACCAGCAGUUCUGCGCCCUGCAGCUCUGAGACAAAACAACCAUCUGAUUAAAUCCUUGUUCACACAUUAUGUGACAAAGUGACAUGUUAAAAACUGCCAGCUCUUACUUCAAGAUUUUCCUCUUCAGAUUUUUUUUUAUUUUUUAUGAUUUGGUGUUUGGUGCCAUUGUGGUCACUCACAUGAAGCCAUGACUGAAUACAUCCGAGUAAGAAUCUAGCAGGAUUCCUUCAUUUCAUUUUACAGUAAUGGUCCUUUUUAUUUUCUUGUUUUUCAUGCUUUUGGGUUUGGUUGAUUUUUACCUCCUGUUCGUGUUCUUAUGAAUGGAUAUUUUUUAAAACUACAUGGACUGUCUGGGUCCAGACGGAGCUGGAGAAAUGAUCAUAGGAGAGAAGACCGAAUCCAGAGAAUGCUCUACUUUUUUAUAUUUUGUUUUAUGUAGAAUUAGGAAGUAAAUAAAACUCUCCCAACUCUU